UUUUCGUUAUUUUUGUUUUGAGUUCACUAUCAAUAUGGAGAAAAUGUGGUUGUUUGGUUUUGUAUGCAUGUCCAGAGCUAAGUAAAAGACAGAAAUUUUUAAUACAAGAUUUAAAAACUCUCCCAGUCUGACCUUUUAAACAUGUCCAAGUUUCAGAGUCUGAAAAUUUACAUGGAGCAGCGGCUAACUGCGGCUGUGGACGACAUACUGGGACAUUUUGAAAGGACGAUGCUGGAGUAUGAAGAGGAGACAGAGCGUCGCCAUCGGGACUUUCUGGGUGUGAUUUUAGCGGCAGAAACGAAGCAUCAAAUAACAGGGUUUUCUCCAGAUUUGCAGCAGCUGCUGACAGAGACAAAAGACACUCUCUCUGAGCAGCAGCAGUUGGAGGAAAGUGCUGCUGUAGACUUGGAGGAUGAAGAGCCAGAACCCCUCAAUAUUAAAAUAGAAGAAGCAGAAACAAACAUCACUAUGCUUAAACUCAGUCAUGUCUACAUGAAGACCGAAGACGAAAAGGAAGAACCUCAGUCUUCACAGCUUCAACACAGACAGACCGACAAGACAGUCUCCUUAGAUGGAGAAGACGGUGAACGACUUGAAAGGGAUGCCAGUGACGUGAAACCAAAGCUGAAAGUCAGAGUUGAGGAUCGUAGUGUCACCCAGAAACCUUAUUCCAGACAAGAUCGUGGAAUUUCCCUAAAUGACACCAGAUCUAACAGCAGGAAUUUAUAUCGAUGUUCGGAAUGUGGGAAAAUAUUUAGCUCCCCCAGCUAUCUUAAGUUACACAUAAGAUGUCACACAGGUGAAAGGCCCUUCAGGUGUCCUAUUUGUAGGAAAAGUUUUUCGUGGAAAGGACGUAUGCAGAAACACGUCAGAAUCCACACAGGGGAGAAGCCUUUCAGGUGCUCAGUGUGUGGCAAGAUGUUCAGUGAAAAUGGAAAUCUAAAAGUCCACAUGAGGAUUCACACGGGAGAGAAACCAUUCCGCUGCUCCAUUUGUGGGAAAGCUUAUGCACAGCGGGGGAAUAUGAAAAGUCACAUGAUGGUUCACAAAGGAGAGACAAUAGUCAAACAAUGAACGCUGGUUCAUCAGCCAUCAAAGCUGACUGGAGGAGAAUCAGCUGCAAAGUCAGAUGUAAAGUUUGGAUGAGCAGGGCUGUAAAAUCUGAGCAGCCAUUUUCACAUUAAAUGCCAUUAUUACUAAUUAUUAUCACAUCAUUUAGAAUUCAAAGUACUUAAUGCCUAAUAGAUCCAGAUCUUCACAGGUUACACUUCUCUUGAUAUAACUGUAUAAAUGUUUUAUAAUUGAUGAUCAAGCUAUCAUGUAUUUCUGUUACUCCACAUUAAAUAACUAUGUAAUCACAUAUGGGGUAAAUGGUAAAUGACCUGUAUUUGAUGAAGCAGAGAUAACCAAUACUGGUCCUGGGAGUUCGCUAUCCAGCAUGUUUAGUCAUUUCCUUGAUCCAACACACCCGAUUCAAUGGCUGAAUUAUCUGUUCAGCAGCUCAUGAAGCUCUGCAGAAACCUGUUAAUCACAGCUGAUUUAAAUCAGGAAAGAGCUGGAUAGUGGCCCUACAGGAUCAGUAUUGUUUAUCCCUGUGAUAUAACAUCUUCUGGGGUUCUACAACCCCCAAGGUACUUUACAGCAAUAAUUUACAGAGAUAUUUUAGAUCUGGAGUAGACUUGGAGAAUUAUUUUGUUUUAGCGAGUACAGAGGGUGAAAGGGCUGGUUUUAUUUUGUUGGUCUAAAAUAAUUUAUUGGGUGUUUUUGUUGAAACAAGUUUCUUAUUUAUGUUACUGCACUGAACAUUUUAAAAUAUUCUUUGAGAGUUUACAUAUAUCAGAAAAAUCAGGUUUUGAAUGUGUGGACAGUAGAAGUAGUGUUUAUUUUGUAAAAAAAAUACUCUGUUUCAUAAUAGAAGUUGUAUUUCAUCAUAAAAGUCCAUACUGUCUGUUCCUUGUUCCUUUUGACAGAAAAAAGCAUCUUCUAAAUGUUUCUGAAUAAAACAUCUGGAGCAAUA